AUGGACUCAUCUUCAGCUGAGUCCGCGACCAGUUCGGCGGGCGAGUCGAGCAGCGAGAGCGGAAGCGAUAGCGAGAGCGAAAGCACAGCAACCUCUACCAAGCCUUCGGCCCACGCCCCUCAACCAUACAAGGCACCCCCCGGAUUCAAGUCGGUGAAACAGCAGAGUGCCCCGAAGAGCAACGUCUCGUCGCUCCUGUCCGACCUGCGCGGCAAGCAGGUUUACCACAUCACCGCGCCGGACUACCUCCCCCUCUCGAAAGUCGAAGAAGUCUCGUUGGCCAAGAUCAUGCAAGGCAAGCCGGUCUUGAAAUACAAGGGCGUACAAUACGGCAUCCCGGUGGAGAGCAUCAAGCAGCCCGGCGUGGGCGGAGAGACCCUCCAGCUUUACGACCAAAAGACCAAGACCUACUACAGCACGGCCGCCAGCAACAUCCCGAGCUACCACAUCCAAGAGCUGGUGGACCUGCCCCGCGAAUCGGAGGCGGAUAUUCUCGCAGCCGUUAAGGAGCAGGUCAAGCCUCCGCGCAAGCAGCCGAAGAACCUGAAGAUGCGCUUUCACCCCGUCGGCAGCGGACAGCUGCCCCCCGAGACGAUCGGGUCCAGCUCCGAGGAAUCCGAAGGAGAAGAAGAGCCCACAUUCAAAGUCCCCAAGUCGGCGGAGAAGGAGCGGGAAGAACGGAAGCGCAAGCACCACCCUACGGAGGAAGAAGGAGCGCCUAGUAGCGAGGUAUCCCGCAAGAAGUCCAAGAAGCACACAUCGUCCCAGGAAGCGGAGCCGGUAGAGGCCGAUGAGGACAAGAAGAGCAAGAAGAAGUCGAGUAAGAGCCGAGACGAGAAGAAGCGGAAGAAAGCGGACAAGGCGGCUUGA